AGGCGAGUCUCUCUGGCUCGAGGUAGAGUGAAGCAAGGUCCGUGGCCAUUCGGGCACAAGUUACUCUGCGUGCCCCGAGACGUGUGAGGUCUGGCCGAAGAGUGCAGCGCUGUGCCUGCCAACAUGUCGCGAACAACCACCGAGCCAGGUACUGGGGUGUCGAGUGAGUUCGCGUGUUUUGCACCCCCGUUUGACCGCAUCGUUGAGUUUCAGGUCGCUCCGUUGUGUGACGCGCCGAGCGCACAUGUUGCAGGGUGUGCCUCCCGUGCCUGGCGCUCGAAGUUUCAUGAUAUUCGCCUGUGGCUAGAAUUCGCCUGGCGUGAGUGCACUAUGCACGGCCGCGCCUUGGCUCCGGGUGCAGAGGCCGCCCUGGAGGCGCGCGACUUGGCGGCGGCAGUGCGUAUCUGCAGGUCAGCCCUGCGCAGGCGCAUGCUGGUGGUGGGCCAGCACCAUGCAGAGAGAGCGUUGCUGCAUGCUCGCCCAGUUGCGGCACAGGAGGUGCACCAAGCCCAUCGGGCCCCCCAGCUGGAGACCAGGUUUCUGCUGAUCAACGAUACAGGCGCGGAUGUCUUCUGUCAUUGGGUUGCGAGCAGCGGCGUUGAUGGCGAAUCCGGCGAGAUUCUCGUUCGUGAUGGGGAUCGCGUCCCUCCAACUUCGCCUGACACGCGGCGCAACGAGCAGGGCGUGCCACAAGGACGUUUCGAAUGGGGCACCAGGGGCCACUUCUAUCAUACAAGUUCUCUAUCUCAUGCUUUUGCCAUUUGCAAGGAGCGGGGUGGACCACCAAUCGUCUUGUACCAGCAGCGCCGUGCUUUCCUUCGGUAUAGUUUGCGCCCCCCCACAACCAUUCAGCAUGUUCAUGCUAUCCGGAUUCUUUCACUGGAGAGUCCGCCUGUCGUCCAAGAGCUUUUUGUGAAUGAAGUUGUUACACACAUGUACGGCCAUCCUAACAUGCAUUAUGAAAUAUUUGACGUUAGCAUGCGGACGGGAAAUGCGCGUCCAGGCGGUGGUAUCUUCGCCGAGCAGCUUAUGGGCGUGCAUGUGCCUUUGCAGCCCCAUUGGCCCGAUGACCUCCUGAGCCUCUUUCAAACUGUGAGUGGCCAGGCAGACUUGGUUGUGACCCCGGGGGGGGAGUUCAACCCUCCCUGCUCACUGUCCUACGCUUACGGUGCCAUCUCCAGAAUUGGCGAGAUCAUGUUCGUGGACAUCUGGAGGGCACUGGAUAGACGGCGCGGUUCUCCCGCGGGCCCAUCAGACUACAGCGUGGAGAGACGGAGCGCGGUGACGUGACCGGCCCCAGGCACUGUGAGCGAGGCCACCGGGGAGCCGCCCUGGGCAGCUCACUGGCUGGCAGGACUGCCAGCACAGCUCUGCGCGUUGGGCCGCUUGCCCUCUUGGCAAGGGUCCGCCUGCGAUCGGAGCUUUGGCCCUGGACUUCGGGGCCAGCUCCAGGCAUUCGAGUGGUCGGAGGUGGACAGACCUCCUACCCUGACACGUUUAUGAAAGGGAGGUUUGUCCACCGCCGAAGUGGGCGCGUCUUUCUUCCUGCUGUCUCCGCGGGCCUUCGUCAUACAGCAGAGGCACGUCAAAGCAGGAGUCGGCCUUUCGGCAUGCGCUCCGAGGGAGUGCCUUCUCCCCCCCCGCUGGCCCCAGGGACACACCGACGUUCUCGGACGCCCCGUGGCCUCCAGAGACCGCAGACGAAUGCGCCCCAAUACCGUGGCUGUGAAGAAUUCACGCGAAAACCAUUCGUGGCGUUGAACUCCGCCAUGCAAAGAGAUAGAGCACAACCUCGGCGUGACCCGCCACGGGUGAAGGAAAAGUUCUUCCGUGGUUCGCGUUUAUUUGUUACACUUUCAUUGCGCCUGUGCCUGCCGUACGCCCUCUGCUUGCCACGGCCCCCACGCUCGAGGGCCCGCACGCCUCGCGGCGCCGCGCCGCCUGCGGGCCGUGACUCAGGAGGGGAAAAAAAACACAGACACAAUCAAGCGUCCACUCCCAGGAAAAUAUAGGAA